GCGAAUGCUUGUGUUGAUGCACUAACCGGAAGCAACACAAAUAGAUAAAUGUACUGUAGGCCUAAAAAUGAUAGACGGGGGAAAAUGCAUAUAGCAACUGCGUUUGCAGUAACUCAAAUUCAGCUUCCUAUGGAAUUAUUUUUUAUUUUUAUAGUUUUGAUUUUAUUGUAGCGUUUUAGACGUUAUUUUACCUAUAUUAAACGUUGUGUUUUAUCUUUAUUGUUAUUGUUAUGAUGAAGAGCGUGUGUGUGUGGUCGCUGGUUGCUGUGUGUGUGUUGUGUGUGUGUGUCGCGUAUAAACCGGUGAUCAUCGUUCACGGGCUUUUCGACAGCUCUGCUGACUUUAUCAACCUACACCGAUUCAUCAACCUGUCUCACCCAGGCAGUAAUGUGACUGUCCUAGACCUGUUUGACCGCAGUGCCAGCCUGCAGCCACUCUGGAAGCAAGUGCAGGGCUUUGCAGAAGCCAUUUAUCCCAUCAUGCAGAAUGCAGCUGAUGGGGUCCAUCUCAUCUGCUACUCACAAGGUGGCCUUGUAUGUCGAGGAAUCCUGUCCACUCUUCCAGACCAUAAUGUGCACUCUUUCAUAUCUCUGUCUUCUCCGCAGGCGGGGCAGUAUGGAGACACAGACUAUCUGAAGUACCUCUUCCCCCAGUUUGUCAAAUCCAAUUUGUAUCAUGUAUGCUAUACUGCAGUGGGCCAGAAAAUAUCAAUCUGUAACUACUGGAAUGACCCUCAUCACAGAGACAUGUACAUCAACAGCAGUGACUAUCUGGCAUUACUGAACAAUGAAAGACCAAAUCCCAACUCUACUGAUUGGAAACAAAAUUUUCUGCGCAUUAAGAAGCUGGUGCUGAUUGGUGGUCCCGAUGAUGGGGUCAUCACACCUUGGCAAUCAAGUCAGUUUGGUUUCUAUGAUGAUAAUGAGACGGUCGUUGAGAUGAAAAACCAGAAAGUGUUUUUGAUGGACUUAUUUGGGCUGAAGACGCUGUAUGCACGAGGGGAUCUGGCUCUUUGUUCGAUGGCAGGUGUUGCACAUGUCUUCUGGCACUCCAAUGAAACUGUGUAUAAAACCUGCAUUGAGAAAUGGCUUACGUAGAUACUGACACACACAAAGAACCACACAUGAUCACUACAGAUCAUUCUCUAUUAUUAAUUUGAAUACACGGUCUUACACAUAUUGUUACAGUAUGCUAAUGCAUUGCAUUAGAACAUACAUUUCUGUUACUGUGCCCAUUGAAUGCCUCUACAAUGAGACAUAAAGUCAGUUUUGAUUAUAUGUUAAAAUAUACACGUAGAAAGGUAAACACUAAAUAUAAGGAAUAACCAUCAGUGCCUGAGGGAUACAUUUCUCAUUUUGCUAAAGGGUUUGGAUCUUAAUCACUAUUUUUCAAUGUGUGUAGAUAUUUUUUUUUUUAAUUCCUCUUUUGAUUUAUGUAACGUGUUUGAUGUGGCCUGUGCUGCUGCAGUAACAUUCAAGCCUUACAUUUAAUUCAUUUGACAUGUUUUGCGCUUUCUGCACAUAGUAAGUGCAAUGAGAAAGGAGAGAAUGAGUGGGAGGAAAAAAGGGAAUAAGUAAAGGUAAUAUGAAAGGAAACUCAUGGUAAUGCUGUUGCAUUUGCUGUAUAUAACAUUACCUCUCACUUCCCAUCUCUUGUUCACCAUAAAGGGAUUUGUCUCUGAAUAUUUAAUUCAUAUUAAAUGUCUGUGUUAGGAUAUUUUACUGUUAUUUCAUGCUUGAAGAUUAGGAUAUUUUACUGUUAUUUCAUGCUUGAAGAUAACCUUGCUUUAACAAGGUGUUCUAUUCACAUAGUAUUCACUUAGAAUGAUUCAUUUUAGAAUGAUUACUAAAAGGGUUUGCUAUUUUUAAGCACAAUUUGAUUAUAAUGCAUUUAAAGGUAUGCUAUACAGAUGAGUACUGUACAAGACAUAUUUUGCCAUAUUUAUUGAUAUCAUAGCAGUGUUAUGUAUAUUUUUUUAUGUUUUAGACUGUUUUAACUUGUUGUUGUUUUUUUUUAAUUAUUAAAUGCUUGCAAUUGGGGGUUAAUGGAUAGUUUAACAAAAAUAUAUUGUCUGAAAUAGAGAAGUCUUGACCAUUGAAGUACACUUUUCAGCUAAAACUGAUUUUGUUCAAUAUUUCACACUUGGCACCAUGAAGCAUCUGCAGAUGUAAAUUUUGUAAGUGACUUAAGCUGCAUACCAGUUUGCUUUACUGUUUUUACUUGAGUUAACGUUCAGAAUAAAACUUUUUCUUUUCUUUUUUUUUUUUUGUCAACAGUGUUGUCAUUUUGAUGAAAGAUGCCCAUGCAGUUCUUAAUACAAUUAUUUUAAAUGAGUGGUUUGUGACAUUGAAUGAAAUUUCAUGUGAAAAUAUUUCUAAGGUGUGACCCCAUAAUAAAUAUAACUUUGCUAUCCAA